GACCGACGAACAAAAACAAAAACAACUAAAAAUUACUUAAUUGGUGGAAAAUUUGAUAAACUCCAUAAUAAAAUGUUUGGUUGCAAUCCAAAGGAUUACGAUUUCAAAGUGGAACUGUCACGCGCCUUCAAUGGCAUUGGCACAGUUUACUUGGCCCAAUACUUGCCCAAUGGGCAGCAUAUCGCCGUAAAAAAGUAUCGCAUGGAUAAGGCCAGCAAAGAAGAAAGCAUCCUGGCUCGCGAUGAACUACUUAUCAUGCGUCAGUUCAAUCAUCCCAACAUACAUACUUUCCAUACAUCGUUUGUAUAUGGAAACGAACUCUUCCAGGUAACGCCAUUAAUGUGCUUUGGUAGCUGUAAGGACACAAUCGCCAACUGCUUUCGUGCAGGAUUUCCCGAAAUAUUUGUUGCUCUUAUAAUGCGUGAUGUUCUCACUGGUCUCGAAUAUCUGCAUCGACGUGGUUACAUUCAUCGCUCCAUUCGAGCCAGCCAUAUAUUGCUUAACCAAACGAAAGCUGUGUUGUGUGGCUUUCGUGAGUCCACCAGCAUUGUAGCGCAUGGUGAACGUAUCGGUGCAUUACAUAAGCUGGCUCCAUGCAGUGCACGUAGUCUUAAUUGGUUAGCACCAGAAGUGCUGGAACAGAAUAUAAUCGGCUACACGGAGAAAUCAGAUAUUUAUUCAGUUGGUAUAACAUGCUGCGAACUGGCGAAUGGAGUAGAGCCUUUCGCCGAUGCUCAACCGACAUUUAUGUUCACCGAAAAAGUGCGUGGUAAUGUGCCAACAUUAUUGGAUCGCUCGACAUGUCCGGCAAGUGAAGAGAUGAUUGAAAUAGUUGCUAGCACGGAUUCAGACUCAAUAAGGCAAGCACAGCAAAUCUACUGCCAACGAGUUUUCUCUGAUGAGUUUCAUCAGAUGACAGAAAUUUGUAUGGAAAAAAGACCGUCCAGCCGUUGGUCAGCACUGCAGCUGCUCAACCAUUCCUUCUUUAAACAAUGCCGACACACAAGCAUAUUGGACCAGUUACAACGUUUUGGCUUAGAGACGAAAGACUAUUCGCAAUUGCGAGACGAGAGUCUGGGUCUGUCCAGCGAUUUGAGCGAACUGAAUGUAAACAGUAAUGAUUGGGACUGGGACUUUUAAAUUAACUGGUUUCAGUUUAUUCGAGACAUCUUGUCGUGAGUGUUUAUAAGCGCAUGUACGUACAUAUGUGCACAAUUAUUAGUAGUUAUACAAUAUACAUAAAUUGCAUUUUUUAGUUUCAUAAUAAAUUUAAUUUUAUGUACUUACGCAACACCUCUAAGAGAGAAUACCAUAGACUAUCAAAUAAAACGUUUUUAAAUUUGGUAAAAAGACAAUGCAGAAAUAAA